AUGGCUUGGAUGGAUGCCCUUAAUAAGAACAUGACUGAUGCUGAUGUGGAGAAUGUGCUUCUCUGCUUCCCUCACCAGCCUGACUCCUGUCUGAGAGCACAUCGCUUUCUUGCACUCAAAGUUGCCGUGUACGUCUUACUGCUGGCUACAAUUCUUAUGACUGUUUUUGGGAACCUGCUGGUCAUCAUCACUAUUUCCCACUUUAAACAGCUGCAUUCACCCACUAACCUCAUCGUCCUCUCCCUGGCCUUAGUGGACUGUUUGUUGGGCUGUCUGAUCAUGCCUUUUAGUAUGGUGCGAUGGUUGGAACGCUGCUGGUUCUUGGGUGAUAUUUUUUGUAAAAUACAUUCUAGUUUGGAUAUGACACUAAGCAUUGUAUCUAUUCUACAUCUAUCAUUGGUCUCCAUUGACAGGUACCUGGCCAUUUGUGAACCUUUGAGUUAUAGAAUGAGGAUGACCAAUGGCACUGUGGCCGUGUGCAUCGCUGUCAUUUGGCUGUUUUCGCUCACAUAUAGUUUUGGGGUUGUUAUGUCCAAUGCAAAUAUUACAGGUUUGGAGAAUCUUUCAAUAUUCAGUUCUUGUGUGGGAAACUGUGCUUUGAUUUACAACAAAGAAAGUGGUAUCAUUCUGUCAUUUGUGGCUUUUUUCAUUCCAGGGACGAUCAUGAUUUCACUGUACCUAAAGAUCUUCUGUGUUGUAAGACAACAAGCUAAAGUAAUGUCUGAACGGGUAACUGUGAGGCGAACCUCUUGUGAAACACACAUCCACUCCUCAGAGCAGAGGGAGUGGAAGGCAGCAAAAACUCUGGGCAUUAUUAUGGGAAUGUUUUUACUGUGCUGGUUGCCAUUCUUCAUUGUUACUUUGACUGAUCCGUUUCUCAACUUCUCAACCCCUCUAGAUGUUUUUGAUGCCCUGAUAUGGUUUGGAUACCUCAAUUCUACUUUCAACCCCUUGGUCUAUGGCUUUUUUUAUCCACGCUUUCAGAGGGCGUUUAAGAUCAUCAUCACAAAAUAUGUUCUACACCUCAGUAAUGCAAGUCAUUUAGUACUGUAA